GCGUGUUGCGCAUGCGCAGUGUAAAUCCGUGUUCGUAUUUGGGUUUUGGUGCUCUUUCGGUUAGCACGAAAUUAUCCGGAGACAUUUGUGAAUUUUUAUGAAUUACAGCUCUCAGAGCAGCAGAACUCGGAGUCAUCAUGCCUGAGCGCGAGUCGGAGCUGUACUCCAACCCUCUGGCUCCAGACGGCCAUGACAUGGAGGAUCAUCGAUCGGCUCUACAAUCCAAGCUGACCAAUGAGGACUUCAGGAAACUCCUGAUGACCCCCCGGGCCACGCCUUCAUCAGCUCCGCCGUCAAAAUCACGCCAUCAUGAAAUGCCUCGGGAGUAUAACGAGGAUGAGGAUCCUGCUGCUCGCAGGAGGAAGAAGAAAAGUUAUUACGCUAAGCUGCGGCAGCAGGAGCUGGAGAGAGAGCGAGAGUUAGCAGAGAAGUACAGAGACCGCGCCCGUGAGAGACGAGAUGGCGUCAAUAAGGACUACGAGGAGACAGAGCUCAUCAGCACCACGGCCAAUUACAGAGCUGUGGGACCCACUGCUGAGGCGGACAAAUCAGCAGCAGAAAAACGUCGUCAGUUGAUCCAGGAGUCCAAAUUCUUGGGUGGUGAUAUGGAGCACACUCACUUGGUGAAGGGUCUGGAUUUCGCCCUACUGCAGAAGGUGAGAGCUGAGAUCACCAGUAAGGAGAGAGAGGAGGAGGACAUGAUGGAGAAAGCACAGAAAGAAGUCAAGAAAGAUGAAGAUCCUGAGCAGAAGAUUGAGUUUAAGACUCGUCUAGGAAGGAACAUUUACCGCAUCCUGUUUAAGGGGCGUCAGAUUGAGAGGAACGAGCUGUUCCUGCCGGGGCGGAUGGCGUACGUGGUGGACCUGGAGGAUGAGUACGCAGACACGGACAUUCCCACUACACUCAUCCGCAGCAAAGCUGACUGUCCGACCAUGGAGGCCCAGACCACUCUCACCACUAAUGACAUCGUGAUCAGUAAACUCACCCAGAUCCUGUCCUACCUGAGACAGGGGACACGCAACAAGAAGCUCAAAAAGAGAGAUAAAGGGAAGCUAGAUGAGCGUAAAGCCCCUGAAGCUGACAUAAAUAUCUUUGAUGACAUCGGAGACUACCUCCCCACUACAUCCAAAUCCACGCGGGAUAAAGAGAAGGAGCGCUACCGGGAGAAAGAGAGAGAGCGGGAGAGAGAGAGAGAGAGGGAGAGAGAACGGGAACGAGAAGAAGAGAAACGACGUCACAGCUACUUUGAGAAACCUCGAGCUGACGAUGAGCCUGUGGAAAUGGAUAAAGGUCCAGGAUCAGUGAAAGACCAGCUGAAACUCAUUAAUGAGAAAUUUGCAGGAGCUGCUGCAGCAGACUGGCAGCAAACAUAUCCUUUGACGAGACGUGAGGAGAAGAAACAUUUGGGAGAUUUCUUCGGGAUGUCCAACAGUUACGCUGAGUGUUACCCUGCUACGAUGGAUGACCUGGCUGUGGACAGUGAUGAAGAGGUCGACUACAGUAAGAUGGACCAAGGCAAUAAGAAGGGACCGCUGGGCCGCUGGGACUUCGACACACAGGAGGAAUACAGUGACUACAUGAACAACAAGGAGGCUUUACCAAAGGCUGCGUUUCAGUACGGAAUUAAAAUGUCUGAGGGCAGAAAGACGCGUCGUUUUAAAGAGACCAACGAAAAAGCAGAGCUGGACCGGCAGUGGAAGAAAAUCAGCGCUAUCAUUGAGAAGAGGAAGAAGAUGGAGGCUGAUGGGGUGGAUGUGAAGAGGCCGAAAUAUUAAAACGUGCGUGCCGUGAUUUACUGAAAUGCAGAUGUGAUCACACAUUGUCUGAGUAAACACAUCAGAUCACCAGUAAACUAUAUGCUAAUAAUACACCUGACUCUGUGUGUGUCUGUGUCUGUCUGUGUCUGUCUGUGUGUGUGUGUGUGUGUGUGUGUGUGUGUGUGUGUGUGUGAGAGAGAGAGAGAGAUGUGUUUCUGUGUGUUAUGUAAACAUUAACACAUUUUUCUUCAUGCAGUCAUUUGUCAUGUGGUUUCACACACAACACUGACAUCCCACCAUGUUAAUUGGCAAAAAAGGCUUUUAUUCAAUACAUGGAGUGUUUGUGUAUAAAUAUUAGCAUCAGAAUGAUAACAGAUUGAGUAAUAAAGAGGUAAAACUGA